AUGAAAUUUCUAAAUGGCUUUCUGCCGUUUUCAUCCCUGAAUGGCAUGGCCGAUCAGUCACUGAAUUCGGACGCCACUGAGUCUGACGCUCUUUCUCCGUUUCCGCACGCAAAGACAGGAUUUGACGACAUGGUGGUAAGGCCGCUCCGAGCCCGGGCGCCGGGCCACUGCCUUGCCCCGCUUCCCAUGCCCUCAUCGGUGCCUUUCAGCCUGUUUCCUGAGGGGGAGCCAUGUUGCACUACCCCACCCUCGCUGAACGCUGGAUACAUGAUGGACAUCUUGGGACUUCCAGGUAGGCCACUGUCACGUCCUGUGCAGCGUUAA